AGGCGCAAGAAGAAGGAUCAGACACGCACCUCAAGUCAGUGGCGGCCCUCUCCCUCACCACCCGCCAAUCAAUCUACUACCAAGCAGCCCGCCACCACCGCCCAUCUCCCGCGCCGGAUGCCGGGGUCCUCCGCGGUCUGGGCGGCACACCGCGGCUGCUGCAGCCUCCACCCGCAGAGGAGGCGGCACCACCCGCGCCGGGGGAGCCUUCCCCUUCCCCUUCCCCCUCCCUCCAGGCGGGGCGGCGCCUCCCUCACGAGGCCCCACGCGAGCCUCGCGGCGGUGAGGACGGCGUCGGAGGAGGCCGUCUACGAGGUGGUGAUGCGGCAGGCGGCGCUGGUGGAGGACGCCGCGGGGAGGCGCCCGCGGUGGGCGGAGGAGGAGGACGAGGCCGCCUCUGGGGACGCCGGCCUGCUCGGGUGGGGCCUCCUCGGGGACGCCUACGACCGCUGCGGCGAGGUCUGCGCCGAGUACGCCAAAACCUUCUACCUAGGUACACAGCUUAUGACUCCUGAAAGGCGCAAGGCCGUUUGGGCAAUCUAUGUGUGGUGCAGAAGAACCGAUGAGCUAGUGGAUGGUCCUAACGCAUCUUACAUUACGCCGACUGCGCUUGAUCGAUGGGAGAAGAGAUUAGAAGAUCUCUUUGAAGGCCACCCGUAUGAUAUGUUCGAUGCAGCCCUCUCAGACACAGUGUCCAAGUUUCCGGUAGAUAUCCAGCCAUUCAAAGAUAUGAUUGAAGGAAUGAGGCUUGACUUGUGGAAAUCGAGGUACAGGAGCUUCGAUGAGCUCUACCUCUACUGCUACUAUGUCGCCGGUACUGUUGGUCUUAUGACAGUACCUGUGAUGGGAAUUGCCCCGGACUCAAAGGCCUCAACUGAGAGCGUGUACAAUGCUGCUCUAGCUCUCGGAAUUGCCAACCAGCUGACAAAUAUACUCCGAGAUGUAGGCGAAGAUGCGAGGAGAGGGAGAAUAUACCUUCCAAUGGACGAGCUUGCACAGGCAGGUCUGACAGAAGAGGACAUAUUCAGAGGGAAAGUGACUGAUAAAUGGAGGAGGUUCAUGAAGGGCCAGAUUCAGCGUGCUAGGUUGUUCUUUGAUGAGGCUGAGAAGGGUGUCGCCCAUCUAGACUCUCCGAGCAGAUGGCCGGUUCUUGCAUCUCUGUGGCUCUACAGGCAGAUCCUGGAUGCCAUUGAGGCGAAUGACUACAACAACUUCACCAAGCGCGCGUACGUAGGCAAGGCGAAGAAAUUGCUGUCGUUGCCGGUCGCAUACGCAAGAGCAGCCGUUGCAUCAUGAACCAUCCCUAGAUCAGAUGCCUUUUGUUUUCUUUUUCUCCAAACCCACUUCAUUUUUUUCCUUUCAUUUUUGCAAGAUUUCUUGGCUGCUGUAUAUAAUCAGCUUCAGCUGCCUGCAUGGCAUGAUAAGCCUGUCACUGUUUCUAGUGCAAGGGACUCAUGUUAGAAUACAGAAGGGGAAAUUACAGUUCAAGAA